AUGAAGACGUCGCAAAUUGUGCACGCCACCGGUGAGGUGGUUUCCGAGUGCGAAAACAGAGCUCGGGCUGAGCGCCCCGCCGCCAGUUUGCGAUCGCGACCCGCUGCCGGCGCACUGGACCGUGAGACCAGGCAACUCGUAGAAUGUUUCCUGGAAGAGUUUGUGGGACUCGCGCACCUGCGGAGUGAAAGCGAAGCUCUGUCCACGAUGAAAAGAGUCGUGGGCGACAUUUUGACGACACACACGUGCGCAUACGAGGGUAUGAUCGAGGAACUGUCGUUGGACGACAGUGGAGACGAUGUGAGAUUUGUCGGCAAAGUGGCCAAUUGCCUCUUCGAGGACGGCGUCGCCAGCUGGGGCCGGGUUGCAGGAUUCUUAGCCUUCGGAGCAGCGGUGUGUCGUCGGUUGAACGAGACGGGCCGAGGGACCCUCGUGAAGCCGGUGGGAUGCGAGAUCUCCACGUACUUGCUGACUCACCAGACGGAGUGGCUGGUGGAUAACAACUCGUGGAAUGGAUUCGUGGAGUUCUUUCGAGUAGCGGAACCGGAGGCCACAUCGACGGGCGCACUCGAGACCUGUGCUAAAUGCGUUGGCAUUGGGGCAACACUGACCCUGUUGAUCGGAAUAUGUCUGACUUUCAGAAGAGUCUUUGUCACAUGA